CUUGCUCUCACCAGAUUUGCAACCAGAUGUCAACAAACUCCCCGCCGUCCGUCAUACUUACGGAUGCACUCGCGUCUCUGAAUAAAGCAGUAAACAUUGCAUUCACGAACAUACAGGAUCAAACACGUCAAGAAGUCACACAAGCGUCUGCUGAAGCACGAGAAGCGCGUCGCGAACGGGAUGAAGCCAUUAAGGCUCUCCAUGAGCUUAGACUCGAGGAGCAGGCGUGGAAGCAAGAGGCUGGUGUCCGACAGUCUGUUGUUGAGCAAGCCGAGCUAACUAUAAAACACCAUGCCGAGACGAUCGCUCAACUUCGCUACGAGUCUGAGCAGUGGAAACAACAAUGUCUCCGUCUCGAGGACACGUCGCGUCAGGAAGCCACCAGCUGGAAAGAACAGUUUCUACGCGUUGAGCAGGAGCGCUAUAAGCUCGCAAUGCGUGUGGAUGAGCUUAUUGAAGAGCAGCUUUCUCAUACUGUCCAAACACAUGCGUCUAUCACUCCAUUCACGACAAUGCUCCGUUACCCAAACACAACCGCAAACACAAGCCUUAGCGACCCAUCCGCAUCCGCACGCCACCGUUUCCCUCCCUAUACUUCCGAACUUCCUGACGAAUCCAUAUCUGCAUCGUCAUCCAGGGCACCCAAACCCAUAUCUACACAACAGCUCCCCACUCCCAUUUCCGCCAACCGCAGAGCCUCUGGAGACAAGUCAAAACAAUACCUCAUCCGACGCGUUCAGGCUGUCAUCGAGGUACCCGUAAAAGAGGAGAGCAUGGAGAACACUAUUUCUGAUGAAGCACCGUCUGCAUCAAGUUCUUCUGCAUCAUCAUCAAGCUCGGGUUCAGCAUUCGCAGUACCAGGGUCUAGUAAACUAAAUUCAGCCAUCUCGAGCAAAACCAUACCGAAACCCAGUAAACCCACCAGCGCCCCUAGUAAAGCUGGACAGGGUACCAACAAAGUUGUUUCAAUCACCAGCAAAUCCGCGUCACUGAACAACAAACCUACAUCGGCUGCAUCCACCAAAUCCGCACCACCACCUUCGAAAUCUGCAGCAAGACCUAGUAAACCCAUAUUCUCCGGGACCGGUAAUAAACCACCAUCCAAUCCCGCUACCAGCAUACCCUCCUCCUCGUCCCGUCCCGCCCGAAAAAUAAGCACUAAACGACAGUAUAUUGAGAUCGAUGAAGACAAGGAUGGAGAAGAUAAGAUAUCAGAGCAGUCCAAGUCAGGUAGUGAUGCGACUGCUGAAGACGAAGUUGAUUCUUCAGAAGAGGAAGAAGACGAGCUCACGCUGGGCGCUGAGGUACAUUCCUCUUUCAUGAACAUUCGGUUCAGCAUGCUGAUGCCCGCGCCCGCUAGGAAAAUCGCCGCGAAGUUUACGGUACUAAGCGCAUCGCAGCUACGAGCAGUAUGAAAGCCGUGUCGCAGGCGCCGGCGAAAAAGAGGAAGCUGAUUUCAAACACGACCGCCGUAAUAACGGGUAGUGGGAAGAAACCUCCUGCAAAGAAUGCGCGCGGGUGAAAGCCCCUGGUGUCUUACUUACGUUUGUGAUAUCCACGUGACUUAUCAAUGCUUCUCAUUCUUUGCAACACACCCUUUGUUCUUUUAGCUGCGGAAUCUCUAUAUAUGACAUUAUAUAUCGCUAUCUACAAUACUCGUGCGAGUUCAUGCCUCGUUUUGUAUGAUUAUGAUGACACCAAUCUAAAGCGCUUACAAGAUACCAAUGCAU